CAGACAGACAGCAUAAGCCGGGCUUGUCCGGGCAAGUAGCCGGCUCAGCCGGCAGGGAUUCCACGUGUAGGCCGGGAAACGCGGCCGGGUCUUCAGUGCACUGCCCCGUUGGAAGAUAGCCUCCAGGGCUCCUCUUGCCUCUAGCUGUGAGCUGCCUGGCAUGGUGCUGGGAGAAGCCCCUGAGUCUGCUCAGUGUCCAUCCCUCACCGGCCUGAAUACCAAGGAUGUGGUUCGGAAAAGGCACAAGAGGAGAAGCCGGCAGCACCAGCGGUUCAUGGCCCGCAAAGCCUUGCUCCAAGAGCAGGAGCUGUCAAGCAUGGCCCCAGGGCCAGGAUCCUGCCCUCCGCCCUCCCCGUCACAGACACCAGCAGACACAGAGGCUUCGGGCAGCAGGAGUCAGCGUCCCAAGGCCAGGUCAAGCAGCAAAAGGCCUGUUCCUAGAGAAGCCCCAGGACCUGGGCCCAGCAAGUGUGUCGCCAUUGACUGUGAGAUGGUGGGGACAGGCCCCCAUGGGCGUGUGAGCGAGCUGGCCCGCUGCUCUGUGGUGAGUUACAACGGUGAUGUUCUCUACGACAAGUACGUCCGGCCUGAGAUGCCCAUUGUGGACUACCGCACCCGCUGGAGCGGCAUCACCCGCCAGCACAUGCGCAAGGCCAUCCCCUUCCAGGUGGCCCAGAAAGAGAUCCUCAAGCUCUUGAAGGGCAAGGUGGUGGUGGGGCACGCGCUACACAAUGACUUCCAGGCCCUCAAGUACGUUCAUCCUCGGAGCCAGACCCGGGAUACCACUUACGUCCCAAACCUGCUCAGUCAUCCCAGCUCCCACACCCGAGCUCGGGUCUCCCUUAAGGACCUGGCCCUGCACCUGCUCCACAAGAAGAUCCAGGUAGGACAUCAGGGACACUCGUCUGUGGAAGAUGCCAUGACAGCCAUGGAGCUCUACAAGCUAGUAGAGGUCCAGUGGGAACAGCAAGAGGCCGACAAUGCCAAGGCCCAACCCGAGGACGGAGCACCCGACAGCAGCACUGACGUGGAGCAAUACAUGGAGGACCAGUACUGGCCUGACGAGCUGGCCUAGAGCACCAGUGGAGACAUAAGGGAGUGAGAGGAUGGAGCCUGCGGGUGGCGGAUGGGGCAGGAAGCCGGGAGUGGUCCCUCUAGGCAGACCUGGGAGACAGGGUCAGGGCACUCACCUGCCCGCGUGCGGGUUCACAGCGCCUGGUAUCUAAGGAAUGCUUUUCUUCAAUCCCUGUGGUUCUGCAAAGGACACUAGCGUUGUAGUGCCCAGGAGGUACAGGGAAAGUGCCACGGGACUGUCCAAGGCUGUCCCUGGCUCCCUGAGCCAAGUCUGGGCUCACUGCUCUGCUGUUCUGGCAUACAGUGUCUCCCUGGGGGUGCUGGGUGCUGUGGGUGUCCUGGAGCUCCCUCUCCCCCUCUGGCAGGGUGAAGUUCGGCUGCUGUUGCCACCUCUCCUCUAUAGAUAUGUUUAGGAUCAUAGUAACUUAAAUAGUUAAGAAAGGCCGGGCGAUGGUGGCGCACGCCUUUAAUCCCAGCACUUGGGAGGCAGAGGCAGGCGCAUCUCUGUGAGUUCGAGACCAGCCUGGUCUACAAGAGCUAGUUCCAGGACAGGCUCCAAAGCCACAGAGAAACCCUGUCUCGAAAAACCAAAAAAAAAAAAAAAAAAAAAAAAAAAAAGUUAAGAAAGCCCUUUAAAGAAGACACCCGUUCCCUGUCCCUGACUUUCUUAGAUGUCCUAUGUCCUAAGGGUAACUUUAGGGGACUAAUAAGCAAGGGUUCAAAUCACACUGUUCCCUGACAAUGCCUCAUCAUUAGGCAAGCCUGUGGCAUCCCCUGUUGAGCCUGUUUCCCCCUGUAAAGUGGGGGAGCGCGAUAGAACCUACCUCGUGGGUAUUGAGGUGCUUCGUGUGCGUCCUCGUGAUGAAAGAGAAUGGUCUCUAUUCCGGCCACUGCCUGGCUUCCCAGCCGCUGUGGCCCAGGCAGGAUUCUGGUUUGGCUUUUCUAGCAGGUGAGGUGGAGCCAGGGCCCGGGCACUGCAGGAGAGUUCGGAGUUGUCUGCAGGUCUUGCUUCAUAGCAGCAUCCUGCCGCUGUGGUAUUUGGGAAAGUGACAAGUCACCCAGACAGGGUCAGAAAGGAAGAAACACUACCGAGACCACACCUGACUGCUGCCAGCCAAGGACCUGAUGGCACAAAACCUUAGUCAUAGAUUGUUUGCUGGCCGGCUCCUCCCUGCCAGGGGAAGAGAUGGAGCUGGCCCAAUCGUCACCACUUCUGGCCUGGCGCCAGGGGCAAGCUCUGGUUUCCUUAAAAAGCAGCAACUUGUGCCAACCUCGCUGCUCGGUGAAUCUUGAUAGCUUCAUUUGCUGGUUGAAGGGUGGUGGGAUGGAUAGCCUGUGUACCGGGAGAAGCCUGCUUGCUCGUGUAGGAUCAUUAAUGCGGGAAUAAAACUCAACUGGACAAGUA